AUGAUAACAACCCCAAUGAGGUUGAAGACAAUGGACAUGGUAUACUCCUCUCUUUCCCGAUUGUUGAGGGCAGGACCAAUGCUUGACAGACAACUGUUUUGGGUGAAGUAUGAUUCUGGGAAAUCUAACAAAGAAUUGGGUACUUUGUCGCUCAAUAGGUCAGACGAGACAUUGAACACCUUUAGAUUGGGAAGCCUCGGGAAGGAAAUGGAACCAGAGAAACGGUUAACAUCGAGCUGA